CGCUGGUUCACCGGCGAACCAGUCUAACCGGUCCCCACUGCCGGUCUGACUGGUUUGCGUAGGAGGCGCUGCAGCGAGCCACCCUCCUCGCGCCGUGCGAUCGAGCGCGUUCGUGUGUUGGCCCAGAAAAGGCGUCGACACUGUCUUCUGGAUAGAUUCCCUGGUAGAGUUGUAACCGGACAAAAAUGUUUGAAAGACAGCUGAAAAAUGUGACAAAGAAAAGUUUAUUAAAAUUUCAAAAAAAAAAUCUCCCCCUAAUGUUUAAAUAAAAUGAACUACUAAGGUUAAUCCCAUGCUUUAUAUCCUGUUGUUAUCGAAAAUUGCCAUGUAACUAUAAGAACUGACUGUGAUGUCCAAUGCUUUAAAACUAAUUGUGAUAAUAACUGUAGCUUCUAUCAUCGCACAGGCGUUGUUAACUACUUGAUGUCAUAAUGCUUUAGAACUGACAGUGUAUUAGUUUCUGUGCUAGCUUAGCAUGGAGAACAAGAAAAAUAAGAUAAGAUACCUGGAUUUGGUAUGAACGGGCCCAAUUUAAUUGGAUUGCCAAAAUCGACUUCACAUGUCAUUUAGUUCAAGGUUGCCCUAAAGAACACGCCAGAGUGAUUGAGAGAGUCAAGUCAGGUAGUCACUCAGUCAGCACCGCAAAUCUCUGUCCAGGAUGACCAGACUUAAGCUAACGGUCAUGGUAGGGAAGGCAAAUGCUGGCCCAGCUGGUCUUGGUCUUGUGAGAACCGAGGUCAGUUGUCAAGAGAAAAUGGGGAACGAACGGUGAAUGAUAUAUAGUCCGGCCUCUUUUGACGUCUGUGGCCACUGGCUCUGUGCCUUUGUCAUGCUAUUAGAAAUAAAAACUCCAUUGCCAAAUAUGACCGUCGGAUUUCCAUUCUUUACCUCCUUCAGCCUCCUCUUAAAUAUAUGAUGACACUGUUGACCAACAAUAUUUUUUAAUAAAUUAGUUAAAUAAAGAAAAAUAAGUACCACUACUUCUAUCAAACGUAUUGUAGAUCCAACUUAUAGAAUUAUUUCUUUUCAUGAAUUUUUUUAGAAAAGAUGAAUAGUCAAAUGAUUGAAAAAAGUCAAUAGUAUCAUAUAUUUAUGAAUAGAGGUAGUGUAUACUAUUACUAUCUAGCGCACUAUGGUCAUAUGGGCCAUGCAUGUUGUGAUUAAUGUUUCACAAUGGUAAAAAUAUUUUUAAGAAUGUAAAGUAGGAUUUAAGUGCAAAUAACAUUCAACCAACAUAUUAGAUCGUUCGAGCUCUACCUCAUUCAGAUACACUCAAAAACUCCGUAUAUCACUAAUCACUUAAUGACGAAGAUAUGCACCAUUUAGUAGUUCGUCAUUCUAUUUUACAAAUGACACCCUCACCCAUUUGAGCCCAAGGAAUGCUUAGAAAUGAACAGAAAAAAAAUGUUAUUCUCACAGGUCUGGAACUUAUUAUUGCCGUGCUAUAGAUGCUGUUGCUCAGUUCAACACAAAUAUCUUACAUCACCGUCGUCUGACGUGGUUUCAGCAGACUGAUCUAUGGUUCUCUUGGUAUGUUUGCGCCCCGAUGCAGACGGAAGUGAUUGCCUCUACCAUUUCUUUGUGGCCUCAUCAAAGUUAGUUGCACUUAGCAGCAUGUACCCUGCCUCUUCUUCCUCGUCUUUUCAAGCAAGAAUGCAGGAUCGUCGCCCGUUGUGCACCACCAUGCCCUACCUCCACAUCUCCAUAGCACUACUGCUCUCCCUAAACAUCCCUACAAUUUCUGCUAUGAGGGACACCAUCUCAGCUGGCCAAGCACUCACCAUUGGCGACAAGCUUGUCUCCAAAAACGGAAGGUACGCACUUGGCUUCUUCGAGGUGGAUAGCAACUGGUACCUUGGCAUAUGGUUCAACAGAGUCCCCAAGUUUACUCAAGCAUGGGUAGCAAAUAGGGAUGACCCAAUCAAGAACCCCACCUCGUUGCAGCUUAUUAUCUCCCAUGAUGCCAACCUUGUAAUCACAAACCGCUCUACCGACUCCAUUAUCUGGUCCACCCAAACUAAAAUAACAAGAAACAAUACCACUGCUCUUCUCCUGAAUAGUGGGAACUUCAUCCUAAGGAACGCCUCAAACUCGUCGGACAUUUUGUGGCAGAGUUUUGACCACCCAACAGAUACAUUUUCCCCCGGAGCGAAGCUUGGGUGGGACAAGAUCACCGGUCAGAAUCGCCGUCUUGUUUCUAGAAAAAACUCAAUCAGCCCAGCUACUGGUUUUUACUGCAGUGAGCUAGACCCCAGCGGUGUUAACCAGUUCGUCAAUACCCCAUUGGACUCCUUUGAACCAUAUUGGACCAGCGGUGCUUGGAAUGGCAAAUACUUUUCAUCUAUACCAGGAUCACUGGACUAUGCUGUUAAUAACUCAUUUGUUGACAAUGCAAAGGAGAAGUACUGCACGUAUGGAACAGCAGGACAGGAAACUGCUGUCACCCAUCAUUACUUAGACGUCCCUGGUCAAUCAAAGACAUUCAUAUGGCUUGAAGGCUCACAAGAUUGGGAACCCAUCUACGCCCAACCCAAAGCUCAGUGUGACGUGUAUGCAGCCUGUGGACCUUUUACAAUCUGCAAUGAUGAAGCACUUCCACAUUGCACUUGUAUGCAGGGGUUCAACAUACGAUCCCCUGAGGAUUGGAUGCUAGAUGAUCGAACUGGUGGAUGCCUGAGAAAUACUCCAAUAGAUUGUAUUACAAAUGGAAGCGCCUCAAAUUCCACGGAUAAAUUCUACUCCAUGACUUGUGUUAGUUUGUCCCAGACUGCCCAAAAAAUAGAAGCUGCUAAAAGUGCCUCCGAUUGUGCUCAAGCUUGCCUGGAUAAUUGCUCUUGCACUGCAUAUUCCUUCAGCAGCAGUAGAUGCUCCAUCUGGCAUAAUGAAUUGCUCAACCUAAGGAAACGUCAGUGUAGUAGUGAAGCUCCAAACUCAAAUGGAGAAACUAUUUACCUUCGCCUUGCCAGUAAAGAUAUGCAAAGUUCGGAAAAACACAGAAGCUGGCUUUUAAUUGUAGUUGCUACUGGCACAAUUGUUAUUGCAUUGGGCUUGUUUGCAUUCAUCCGGCUAUUAGUGAUUUGGAGAAACAAAACAAAGAACUCUAGCCACAUACAUAAUAGUGCUCAGUAUUCCAAUGGAAUCGUUGCAUUCAGAUACAUUGAUCUGCAACGUGCAACCAAGAAUUUCUCAGAUAAGCUAGGCGAAGGUGGGUUCGGUUCCGUAUUCAAGGGGUUUCUGAAUAAUUCAACUGCCAUAGCUGUGAAGAAGCUUGAUCAUCAUGCUCAUCAUGGAGACAAGCAAUUUAGAGCUGAAGUGAGCUCGAUUGGAAUCAUCCAGCAUAUUAAUUUAGUCAAAUUAAUUGGUUUCUGUUGUGAGGGUGCUAGAAGGUUACUUGUUUAUGAAUACAUGCCAAAUGGCUCUCUUGAUAUCCAUCUUUUCCAGAGCCAUGCUACAGUACUGAAAUGGAGUACUAGGUAUCAAAUAGCUUUGGGAGUUGCUAGAGGAUUGGCCUACUUGCAUGAGAAAUGCCGAGACUGCAUCAUACACUGUGACAUUAAGCCAGAAAACAUUCUUCUUAGUGAUUCAAAUGUUCCAAAAAUUGCAGAUUUUGGGAUGGCCAAGUUUUUGGGAAGAGAAUUUAGCCGAGUCAUAACUACUAUGAGAGGAACUAUAGGAUACCUUGCACCUGAGUGGAUCAGUGGAGUGGCUAUUACACCAAAAGUAGAUGUCUAUGCCUAUGGGAUGGUGUUACUGGAAAUUGUAUCUGGAAAGAGGAACUCAUGUGUUUUGUGUUCUUGUGGUAGCAAUCAUGACGUCUAUUACCCCGUACAUGUUGCACAGGAGAUUAUCGGUGGAGAUGUUAGGAGCUUGCUGGACAGCAGAUUGUGUGGCGAAGUGAAUUUGAAAGAGGCUGAAAUAGCCUGCAAGGUUGCAUGUUGGUGCAUUCAAGAUGAUGAGUUUGACCGACCAACAAUGGGUGAGGUGGUUCAGAUCCUGGAGGGUCUACUUGAAGUCAACAUACCCCCAAUGCCAAGGCUGCUUCAAACUAUCGCUGGAAGCUCAAAUUAUUCCACUUGCUGCUAAUCCUCUUUUAGCCAAGCCAAAUAUAUCGAUUACAGUAUCCAUGGAAGUACUGUUUGUGUGCUUUCCUUGUAGUUUUGAAUAAACUUGUGUGCUUUCCUUGUAGUUUUGAAUAAUCUGCAUUAUCCAUAUCGUUUGAGUAAAAAGAAAAUUGAAUUACAUGCAA